CGAUACUGUAUUUACCGAGAACUAUAAAAGGAUGAGGAAAAUACAGUAUCGGAGCGAUUUCUUUGGAUUAAAUAAAAGACACAUCAACUACAUAUCAUCUCUUCCAUCAGAAAUCGUCACAGGUACACUUUGCAAUUCGAAACACUGUAGCCGUCUACCAGAGUCCGAAACGAGGCGAAGCUUCGUCGAGGUGCCUCGCCUCCUACAAUUGGGCAUCAUCCUGUUUUAUUAUUUAAUUCAGAAGUUAUGCUCAGUUUCUCUUUAGAUGGCUUUGAAUGACGAAUGUAUUUUGAUUUCUUCUCCUGAUCGGUCGAAACCUCUAUCAAAUACUUCUCACACUUCCAAAUCAUUUGAAACGCUUUUGAAAAAUAAUAAAGAUGAUUAUAAAAUUGUGAACAAUCCAAGUAAACGAUUGACAGCAACUUGUUGGAAAUUAUUUGGAUUUCCUGCUCGAGUAAUAGAUGGAGAUGAAUUUGAAAUCAUUCCAGGAUUUGCAUCUUGUAAACAAUGCUUUGAAACAUUUCGACAUGUUGGUAGCAUACAUGUAAAACUCGAAACUUGA